UUGUCAACUGUGCGAGUUGUUCUCGUUCUAACGGAGGACAUUUGAAUCGUGUAUCUCUAUUUCCCAGUAACACUGAACGCAGCAUCAGCUGCUGCAGGACGAGCUUGGUGUAUUUUGUCCUAAACAGGCGGCGGUAGUUCACACCGGGAACGUCAGGAGUAACGUGAGAAACGGCGAUGUUGUUUUGGGAAUAACCGAGGAUUCCGUCACCAACCGAGCGCGGAGAAAACAUCCAAGUUUUUCCGUUGUCAUGGACCCGACCUGCUGCGACUCUGUGGCUCCGCCCUCUCUGACCGUCCAGGUGUGUUUUCCUGGCGUCCGUGCUGCGGUUCUGGACAACCUGAACCGGCAGCGUGAGGAAGGCCGGCUCUGCGACCUUUCCAUCCAGGUUCAAGGUCAGGUGUUCAGGGCCCAUCGCUGCGUCCUCGCUGCAUCCUCGCCUUACUUCCACGACCAGGUGUUACUGAAAGACGUGACGACCGUGUCGCUUCCCUCCGUUUUGGACCCGGUCGCCUUCCAGAGUGUCCUGAGUUCUGCCUACACCGGCCAGCUGAUUAUCAUCCACGACGACAUCGUCAACUACGUCACCGUGGCCAGCUUCCUCCAGAUGUGGCACAUCGUCGACAAAUGCACCGAGAUCCUGAAGCGGCCGCGUCCGGCGGCGGAGCCCUGCGCCGCGGCCGGGUCCGCGUCCCGCCAGCAGUCGCCCAGCAGCACCGAGUGUCUUUACGCCGAGCGAGAAGGCCGGCGCAGGGACAGGAAGCCGGACGCGCUGCCGCCGCUGGCGACGUGGCGCCGGCCGCAGCAGGAGGCGAGGUGGACCCGGCCGCGGCCGUCCUCCGAGCAGAACCCGGCCGACUCCCAGCUGGACGGACUCCCAAGUUACCCGGAGAGAGAGCCGCCCGGCUGCCAGGAGGAAUGGAUCUCGAGCCCGGCCACACCGGGCCAGAGCGGCCGAUAUCUGGGCGCGGCUCCGGCUGCCGAGGCGCCGAAGCAGAAGGUCCGGUUCCAGCAGCGCGGAGAGGAGACCCAGGAGAGGAGGAGGAACGCCACGAGAGAAACGGAGGCUGAUGAAGGAGUCGGGGAGGAAGAGGAGGAGACGAAGGGCAGCUUCACACAGAUUGAUCUUCGGGUUCCUGGCGACGUGGAGGAUGGCGGUCGUUCUGCUGGGAGGCAGACUCUGGAUCCGAUGAAGGACAGACUCCAGAGAGACGACUCGUCCCCCCGGGGCCCCGCCGGUGGGCCGGGCGCCCCGGGUCCGCCGGGUGGCUCCUGGCCCAACGAAGAGGAGGAAGAUGAUGGAGACGUAGAGUUGGAGUGCUUCGGCUCGUUCGAUGAGAUCGAGGACGGGACGGGACACGUCUCCCAGCGUCCUCUGCUGUCCCCAGACUUCAACAUGGCGGACGGGAACUGGCCGUCGUCCUCCGCCGCGUUUCCUCCCCAGCCUCCCUCCCCACCGACGCCGUCCUCCUCGUCCUCGGCGUCCCGCGCCGGCGGCUACGCGGGGAAGGUCCACCUGUGCCACUGCGGGAAGGCGUACACGCUGAAGAGCAUGCGGGACCGCCACGUGAAGAUGCAGCACCUCAACCUGCGGCCGUUCGGCUGCCCCGUCUGCACCAAGUCCUUCAAAAUGAAGCACCACCUGACCAAGCACCUGAAGACCCACGGCGGCCUGCGGCCCUACGAGUGCAGCCUGUGUGGGAAGAAGGUGGUGUGGAGAGACAGCUUCCUGCGCCACCAGGCGCGGUGCCAGAGGCUGGCCUCCGCAGGCGGCGGCGCCACCGCGACGGAAGACAGAUAUGGGUUGGGGUUUGAUGACGGGGAAGUGUUUGCGGCGCCGGGACAGGUGAAGGUGGAGGACGCUGGGAUGGGCGGACUGCUGGGCGGCGUUCCCGGGAUCCUGGGAGCGCCGCCUCCGGAUCUGGACCCUGUUGAUCACGUCUUUAAGGAGGAAGCAGCCGAGCAAUUCAGCGAGAGCUAAAAGUCCUGCAGGCGGCAGGAAUCCUGAGCUCUGCUUUGGAAAUUAACUUAAUUUGCUUUUUGCACAUAAGCUAUUAAUUUGAACUGAAAUAAAUGUAUUAAAAUGUU